CUUUCCCAGGUGGCCCCGGACGCGCCAGGCUGGGGCCGCCUCUGAGCGCCCCUCGGGGCCAUGGACGUGGAGACAGCGGAGGAGCAGGGCGGCCCUGCGCCCCCGUCAAGUGCACCCUGCGGACCUUGUUCCGCCGGCGCUCCCGCCCUCGGGGGGCGGCGGGAGCCCAAGAAGUACGCAGUGACCGAUGACUACCAGUUGUCCAAGCAGGUGCUGGGCUUGGGUGUGAACGGCAAGGUGCUGGAGUGCUUCCACCGGCGCACUGGGCAGAAGUGUGCCCUGAAGCUCCUGUACGACAGCCCCAAGGCCCGGCAGGAGGUGGACCACCACUGGCAGGCCUCAGGUGGCCCCCACAUCGUGCGCAUCCUGGAUGUUUAUGAGAAUAUGCAUCACAGCAAACGCUGUCUCCUCAUUGUCAUGGAAUGCAUGGAAGGUGGUGAGUUAUUCAGCAGGAUUCAGGAGCGUGGUGACCAGGCUUUCACUGAAAGAGAAGCCGCAGAGAUCAUGCGGGAUAUUGGCACUGCCAUCCAGUUUCUGCACAGCCGGAACAUCGCCCACCGAGAUGUCAAGCCUGAAAACCUGCUCUACACGUCCAAGGACAAAGAUGCAGUACUGAAGCUCACGGACUUUGGUUUUGCCAAAGAGACCACCCAGAAUGCCCUGCAAACUCCAUGUUACACUCCCUACUAUGUGGCUCCUGAGGUCCUGGGUCCAGAGAAGUAUGACAAGUCAUGUGACAUGUGGUCCCUGGGCGUCAUCAUGUACAUCCUCCUGUGCGGCUUCCCGCCCUUCUACUCCAACACGGGCCAGGCCAUCUCGCCGGGGAUGAAGAGGAGGAUCCGCCUGGGCCAGUAUGGCUUCCCCAGCCCUGAGUGGUCCGAGGUCUCCGAGGAUGCCAAGCAGCUGAUCCGCCUCCUGCUGAAGACGGACCCCACUGAGAGGCUGACCAUCACACAGUUCAUGAACCAUCCCUGGAUCAAUCAAUCGAUGGUGGUGCCUCAGACUCCACUCCACACAGCCCGAGUGCUGCAGGAGGACAGAGACCACUGGGAUGAAGUCAAGGAGGAAAUGACCAGUGCCUUGGCAACCAUGCGGGUGGACUAUGACCAGGUGAAGAUCAAGGACCUGAAGACUUCUAACAACCGGCUCCUCAACAAGCGGAGGAAGAAGCAGGCAGGCAGCUCCUCGGGCUCGCAGGGCUGCAACAACCAGUAGCUCCUCCGACCUUGGGGGAGCCAGAGGACACACUGGAGUGGGCUGAAGCCCUGACCUGGAGGGCUCAGGGUCCUGUUUUUUUAACAAAAGAGUUGUUUGUGUUGUGUUGUGAUUUGUCACUUAGAACUUCAGGAUGGGGGAACAUGACCCCAAGUCCUUCAGAAUCGCAUCCCAGGGUCAGGCCCUAGAGAGGGGCCAAAACCUGGGCCCUGGGGAGCCACGUGCUGCAGCUCCAGUGCCUUUGAUCACUGUGGCCUGAAUGCCCUGUGGCUGCAUCCCGCCCAGGGCCUGGCCUUAGAGUUCUAGGCCCCUGGGCAUUGUGGUUGGGCUUCCCUCCUGUGAAAACAGCUCCCCGGAGGGUGGGCAGAUGGGCCUGGCCUUGGGAAAGGCAUCCGGCCACUGGUUGUCAUGGCGACCAGGGACAGAGUUGCCAGUCUUGAAUGCUGAGUGAGUGAGCAAGGGAGGGAGGGGGGCAGUUGAGGGUCUGCCUGCCUUCUUGGGGAGGCUGCCACUCACCCCUCUCAGACUCCCCCCUACCCCUCCGUUUUUGGUCUCCCUGAAGUGUCAGGGUCAGUCUGCCUGGCUCCCUGGGUGGUCCAGCGCUGUGUUGCUGCAACCCCAUCCCACAGGGCCCUUGGAAGUCUCCUUCCACAGAGUGCCUGAGCCCAGCCAUCCUGUUACGACACCCCCCCUCACCCCCACCCGGAGUGACCUCUUACCUCAGUGAGGGGUUUGAGGGGGCAGAUAUUUUUUAACCCUUUUUUACUUUGGAAAAUGUCACUGUGACAAAAGCCAGUACAGUUACCCUGCCCCCACCUGCUCAUCAGAUCCCAGGCAGGAAAGCCUGUCCUUAAGAGUUCACCCCCUACUCUCCUGGUUGAUGGCAGGGCUCGUCUCCUGAUGUACUUUUGUGAGAGUGGAUGGCUGGAGGCAGGGCUAAGGGGCCCCCCCUUAAUCCAGGGCCUCUUUCUGUACUUUGGGUCAGACUCGAGGCAGUGGAGGGCUGCUGCUUAGAGGGUCUGGUCCUUUCUUUUUUGCCCGAGUCGGAGCAGACAGGGCCCCUCCCUCGCUGCUCCAGGCUCACCCAGCCCCACACUGCCCAGGGAUGCUGAAUGCCUGAUAUGGGCCUGGCCAGUGCCUGGCCCCCAGCCUGCUUCCUGGUUCCUCACCCUUCUCUCACUGGCUGGGAAACCCUAGACCAUGUCAGGGAGGAUAGCACUGCUGGGUUUUAUAUCCAGGUAUUAAUAAACAGCAUUUUGGCAUUUUU